AUGCCGAAUGAAACUAAAUUAAAACGUCUAGAUCUUGUUCAAGAUACAAGUACAGAUGAUGAUACAAUAGAAGAUGAUCAACACAGUAGGAAAUCUGUAAAUAAAUUGAAAAAAUUAAGUCGUAUUCAAUUAGCAAAGAAAGAAUUAAAACAAAAGAUUCGGUCUCAUCGAAAAUUAGAAUUCGACGAUGAAGGUCAUGUAAUAUGCGAGAAAAUCGGUGAUAUCCCUGUUGCUAAACCUCCAAUACCUAUUGAUAAUCAAAUUGAGACAACAAUUACAUCAAAUGAAACAUUAAACAUUGAUCAAGAACGUCGUUUAUUACAUGAAAUUAUAGAUAAAGAAGAUAAGAAAUUAUGGAGACAACGUAUUCGUCAACGUCAUCAAGCUGAACGUAAAAAGUUGAAAGAGGAAAGAAAAAAAUUAUCACAAUCGAAUGGUCCAAAAAUUUCGUUGAAAGAAAAUUCAUCAGAUUCAAGUGUUGAAGAUGAAUCAGAUUAA